GCGCAGGUGACAGGAUAUCCGCUUACGUCAGAAAUUUGGGCGGGGCAGGCUUGGAUUACAUGACAUCAGUAUGCCGCAGAAGAGGAACGCCACGUCAUCACAGAACACGUUCCUGGACACCAUAGCAACCAGAUUCGAUGGCAUCCACAGCAACUUUGUCCUGGGUAACGCCCAAGCCAGCGGCUGGCCUAUCGUCUACUGCUCAGAUGGCUUCUGUGAGCUCACCGGCUACUCACGCGCCAAUGUCAUGGCCAAGGGUUCCGGCUGCCGGUUCCUGUACGGCACGGACACCAGCGAGACGGAGACGGCCAAGAUACAGGAGGCGCUAGAGGAGAAGCGUGAGCUGAAGACGGAACUACACCUGUACCGCAAGAAUGGGACGCCGUUCUGGUGCCUGCUGGACAUCGUACCCAUCAAGAACGAGAAACGUGACGUCGUUCUGUUCCUGGUGUCUCACAAGGACAUCACUAAAGAGAAGGAUAAAGAGCACCACGCCGACUCCCCGACGACGAAGAGCGACAGCGAGGAAUCCUCAGAUGACGACAACGACAACGACGACGAUCCUAUGCCCGAGAACUACGACUACGGCAGACGACGUAGUCGGGCAGUGCUGUACCACAUCAGUGGGCAGCUGAACAAACACAACAAGGCUAAGAGUAAACUACAGCAGCUUAAUAGGCUCGCAUCCCAGAUGCCCGAAUAUAAGGUACAGGAAGUCAAGAAGUCACGCUUUAUCAUCGUGCAUUACGGGAUAUUCAAGAUAGGCUGGGAUUGGUUGAUACUGUUGUGUACAUUCUAUAUCGCCAUCAUGGUGCCAUUUAACGCGGCCUUCAGGAAGAACGGCAGGAUUAAAGACUUCAUGUAUAUAGACGCUGGCGUGGAGGUGCUGUUCGCUAUUGACAUCUUCCUCAACUUUAGAACGACGUUCCUGAACAAGAGCGGGCAGGUGGUCUACGACUCCAGGCUCAUCGUGCUGAACUACAUCAAGGGCUGGUUUCUCCUUGACCUUCUGGCCGCCAUACCCUUUGACCUCAUGUACGCCUUCAGCGUGGAGACGGUACGAGAUGGAGAUUCCAUCACAAACAUGGCGACCAUGGUGCACCUGCUGAAAGUGGCCCGGCUGCUCCGGCUGGCCCGGCUCCUACAGAAGCUGGAGCGGUACAACCAGUACAGCGUCCUGGUGCUCGCCCUACUCAUGUGCAUGUUCGCCCUACUGGCGCACUGGCUCGCCUGCAUCUGGUACGCCAUUGGCAAGGCCGAGCUGGAUGAGAACGACGGGAACUGGUCCAUAGGCUGGCUGUACGAGCUGUCCGAGCGACUGGACAACAAGAUAUUCAACAAGUCAGAGAACAUUCCAGAUAUGAUGACGUCAUACCUAACCGCACUCUACUUCACCUGCUCCAGUCUCACCAGCGUCGGGUUCGGCAACGUCUCGGCUAACACUAACGCUGAGAAAAUUUUCUCUGUCUGCGCCAUGUUGGUGGGAGCCAUCAUGCACGCCGUUGUGUUCGGUAACGUGACCACCAUCAUCCAGCGCAUGUACGCGCGCCGCGCCACCUUCCACUCCAAGACAAAGGACCUGAAGGACUUCUUCCGUAUCCACCACUUCCCCAAGCCACUCAAGCACCGGAUGAGGGACUACUUCCAGGCUAUGUGGUCUAUUAACAACGGCAUCGAUUUUAAGGAGAUCCUGAAAGAUUUUCCCGAGGACAUGAGGGGAGAGAUUGGGCUACACCUGCACCGAGAGAUCCUGUCCCUACCCAUCUUUCAGCUGGCACCCCCGGGGUGUCUCAAAUCUGUCUCGUUACAGACAGAGAGAUUCGUCUGCGGGCCAGGAGAGUUUAUCUUACAUAAGGGUGACGCGGUCAACUACCUGUACUACGUCUGUAGUGGCAGCAUGGAGGUGCUAAAAGAUGAGCAGGUGGUGGCCAUCUUGGGUAAAGGUGACAUCUUUGGCACUGACCUUGACUAUGACGACCCCGUGAGCAUCAGCGGAUGUGACGUCAGGUCUCUAGCCUACUGUGAGCUGCUGUGCAUACAGGUCAAAGGUCUGGUCGAGUCCCUGCUGCUCUACCCUGACUACGCCGAGACCUUCAACACGGAGCUGCCCAAUGACCUCACCUACAACGUCAGGGAGGGUCACGAGGACCACAGUGACGACGAGUCGUCCACCGCCGCCCCUGUCAUCACCCUCCCCUCCAUAUCUGAGGACGAAGAAGAAGAAGACGAUGAAGAGGACAAUAACAACGACCUCAACUCCAAGAAACGACCCAAGCCCGUCCGCAUCAAGGACGACAACGACGACGACGCCAGUGACGUCAGAGGUAACACGCAGUUGUCCCCCUUGCUGACCCAGUUUAACCGCGACCAGACGAGCAGCGAUUGGUUGGCUAGUCGGGGGCGGAUGCCGAACGGCCACAUUGGUGCCGCUAUUGGCAUGCGAUUGGCCAGCCAGCAGAAUAAACUAAAGGAGUGGAUAUCUAGAGCUAGGAAAAGGGACGACGCCCCGGCCGGGCCUGCCGCCUACCCUCUGGUGUCUUCUGUGCCCACCACCCCCACCCAGGUGGCCAGCCACGCCCCUACGAGGGUGAAGCCAGCGGCGCCCCCCAUUCUCUCGGCUCUAGCACUCAGGAGAACGGCCUCGACUGGGCCUCGGCUCAUCCACAGGCGGGCACGUGACAAGCUAAAGCCAUGCAGGACUCUACCGACACUCAACAGCGUGGCAUCAGACCGGUCAGUCGAACAGGUCAUGGUACACACGCUACAGAUGGAGCUCGAGGGCACACGUGAUUCGGUCAUCGGCCUUGAGCGACGGCUGGAUGACCUUCACGACGACCUGUCGACCAUUUCCCGGAACGUCAACAGCCUGCUGCGUCUGGUGUCCCAGAACUCCUCGCCCAGCAACAUCUACCUGUCCAGCAACAGCCUGCAGCCGUCGUACAACCCCUCCCCCUCCCCCAACCCCAACCUGUACCCGGCCCCCAGCUUCUACUUCAGUCAGUCCACGGACGGUGACACCCGGGACACGGUCAGCCUGCAGUCGACGUCCUCCCCCGCCCCGGACUGGCCAGGGUACCUCUCACACAACCGCGACCAUUUCCUGAGCCCAUUCCACUCGUCUAAACUAGGGAUCAACAACGGGGUUGGAUCCCCUAGCCCUCUAGCAAGCCCUCGGAUCAACUACAGCCCCAGCCCGCUACUCAACCACUUCCCUUCCUUCAACAGAAACGGUGGUUUGGGUUUGAACCCCGCUAGCGAUCGAAUCCCGGCAGCUCAAACGUCGCACGAUCUAAGAGGAGAUAAAUCCGGCAGUAUACGACAUUUACACUCGCCCGGCCCGCGGUGUGAUAAACUCACCUCCCUUAGCCAGACUUCAGUUUCCCCCUCGGCCUUGACCUCCAGCUCCAUAUCCCAGGGGUCAACCGUCAUCGACAUGGACGCGCUGACCUCCCCGCUCAAAAACCCCACCCGCAGACCAUCCAACCUAUCCCCCCUGCAGUCACGCCGGGCUAAAUCCCUCUUCUCUAAACCCGCUCGCUCACUCCCCGAGCAACCCAACCCUAAACCCGUUGAACCCUGCGUGGCCGCCACCUCCACCUCCGCCUCCCUCUCCCUGAGCCCCGCCAGCGAGAAAGCCCUGAGCCCGCUCACCCUAGACACCAACACCUUCCAGAACCAGUACUACCACCUCACCCAGUUGGAACCCUGCGAUGCCAGAUCAGGCCUCUGCGAGAAAGCCAGCGCUCUACGACUCUCAGACAUGGACCUCUCAUUUUCAUCACCCUCGCCUCAAUUCGAUACAAACAUCACGGGCGAUUCCAACCCUUUACCCAACAAACAAACAGUCGGCGGUAUCGAUGCCAAGCUCACAUCACCGUCAACGAUACCUAAACAUAAACGGAAGUCAGCUCUGUCAAGAAGCGGAAGUAAAUCUUCUCUCAGCUCGUCGCACUCCGCGACAAAACUCAACAAAACUGUCUCGUUCUCCUCCAGCGCUUCAAGCAAACCCACCUCCCCCGGGACCCCAGCUGACCGCACAAGCUCCGCCUCCCUGCCCAUCCUGGCAGGCCUCACACCCCCGCCACAGACUCACACACCUCUGAUACCUUCGCCCUCUUCCCACAAGGUCAAAGGUCGAUCACCUUGCAGCCCGGACGACCUUGAGUUCAUCGACGCCGACGCCGCCUCAGAAAAAUACCCUCUUCUCCUCUGCCCGAGCAAAACGCACAGCCCGUCUCUGUCGCAACUUCCGGUUUUAACCCCGCCCUCGUUGGACACCAAGAGGUCAAGGUCAGCCUCCACGUCUGCCAUUGGUCCAAAUUAUUCCAACCAAACCAACCGGCCAACGAAACGCCUGGAAAUAUUCUCGCCGUUUCCGGACCCUCUAACCGGAAAUGAUACCCCAGUUAUCGCCCCUCUCAGCCAAGCCGAGUCGGCAUCCGACCUGGACUUGACAAAAGAAAACUUGACGUAAAAAAAUCGGACACGUGACCUAGACCCGUAUCACGUGGUUAGGGUCUACACUGAUUACCAUCACUACCAUUUUAUCGUGUGAAACUUUAAAAUUAGCGUCAAUUAUUCUCAAAAUUAUUACACCUUUGAACUGUGUAAUUAUAAUUCAUCGAUGAUCACCUUACUAAUGCGUAUGUUCAUUUCUCAAUUUUUAUCAACUACUGUUUAUGAAAAAUGAAACUCAUUGUGAUAAAUAUUUGCCGUUCUUAAUUACCU